AUGUACACUAGUGCGCCUUUUCAAAAGAAACCGCGGGCGAAGACGCAGACUUCCACCACAGCGACAGGAGCAAGCUCCUCCGCCAAGCAUCUGUGUCCCCUUCCCCUCCUCAGUCGAACCGAUGGCACCUGCACACCUUCGCCACCAGUGCCUCCAAGCACCUCUUUGAAUGGCUCACCGCGAGCCACGCGCUCGCUAUCGAUUCUACCCAUACUCCCACACAGAGCAUCGGCGUUUCCGUCCCCUGACGAGGGUGAGCGGACUCGUCAUGUUGUCAUGGACCCGCUCGCUGCGCUGCGACGCUGCCUCCAGUACGUGUGCAGUCACCCCGAAAUCUAUGGUACUGACGUACGCGGUCUUCUAGACCGUGAGGUGAUGCAUGUGAUGCGUCUCAAAACGUCGGAGCUGUCGCUCACCAACGGACAGCGACCGCUCUUCGUCAACCCACUGGAGAGUGUCACUGUCCGCCAUGCCGCUCGCUCUCUGAUUGGUGCGCAAGCCUACCCCACAAUACCUACUCAAUCGACCGCAAGCAACGGCGGUGUACCGGGCAGUGCAUCCGCAGGCAACUUGUUUGGUUAUGGCAACGUCUCUUUCCUGCCGGUCUCCUCCGUCGGCUUUAGCGCACUGUUGCAGGACUUUCGAGGUGACCGGGCAAGGGCGGACCUGACCGGCGACUGUCGCCAGGCAGACGGCAGAGAGACAUUAUUUGGCGGAGCUCCGUCCACGUCAUGGCCUGCUGCAGUUCCUGCACCUCCGCUGGAGGAGAGCAUUCAAUGGAGUGGUACCCUGCCACCCUCGUUGACGUCAACGAGUGUGCGUGGUAUCCGCAGCGUUGUGCACGACGAUGAAGCCGUAAAGGGCGGCGGUUUUUCAGAGAAUGUCGGGGUGAACGGUGGCGGAGUGCACCCGGGCGAGACUCACGGCAGAUCGCAGUUUCUAUCGCGGAUGAGCGCAUCUGCGGUGCAGGACAAGCUCAACCCACAGCUCCAGCGUCUUGUCCUCGACCCCUCGGAGGACACGGCAAGUGGCCUCUCCGCUGCACUUCCCAACGCCUUCUACUGCGCAGUAGAAGGCAUGGGGAUGAUGGUGGAUCAACAGGGGUACGAGGCGACGUACCUGCGCGCGCAGCUGCAGCAGCUGGAAGCCGCGUUCAACGGAAAGUGCGUGCGCCUUUACGAGCUGGAGGUCGAAAACCGGCAGUGCACUGAGAAGAUGAAGGCGUCGGAGGAGGCGAGAGCGCGGUGGGCGACACAGCACCACACCAUGAGAGGCCAACUGGAGGUGAUGCGGCGCGAACUGGAUGGCUGGAAGGACCGCGCCAGCGACGCUGUGUCAGCGGCGACAAAGCAGAGCAAGCAGCGCAGCCAGCAGGCAAAGCGGAUUGUGCACAAUCAGCUUAGCGACGCAAAACAAGAGAUUGUGCGAUUGGGUCAGCUAUGGCGGGAGACUGAGCGGGCGCUGCAAGAGACCCGUCGUGUUUUUGAGAACACAGAAAAAGAGGCUCUCGCCGCGCACAACCACCUCACCGACGUGUUCCACUACCUUGAGCGACUGGAGCGGCGGAUCGCGCGUCGUGACGCGUACGUGCUCCUCUGCGAGCGGCGACAGAGGUCUCUUGAGGAGAAGUACGAAAAGCUGCGGUGGGGGUAUGAAGAGCUCAGCACCUUAGAAGGACGGUACUCGUAUGUCGACUACAUGCUCACCACAAGGCCGCUGUGGUCCGUGUACUUGUUUGUGCGCCUUGCGCGACACCUGGGCGACUACAUGGCGCUCGAGAAUCCGGCCGAAUUGCAGCAGCGACUGCUCCGGAUGAUGGGACAGGAAGUUAAGGGGGGGGAGGCUCUCCCAGCAGCUGCCGCUGCUACUCUUGCUGCCAUGGAGCCAUUGUAUGGGUUGAUUUUUAGCCGGUCACCACAGGGCGGCCGUCUCGUCGCCAAGCACUACGACUUCCACCUCGUCUUCUGUGCUAUCGUGGACGAAGUGACUGCUGAGGUGAGUUGCCGAGGCCGACCGAAACAGUUGCUCACCAACCUACACGGACCGGUAGCGUGCCGUGUCAUUCGUUGGCACGAGCGCUACAGCAUCGACUACCUCAGAGGUCGGGAGGGCGUCUCCGACAGUGCGGAACUGCACCGCAAGUUUGUGCCGCUGCUGACGGUUGCUACUCUAUUGCUACCUCUGCGCUCACGGACAGGGACGCUGCUGGUGCGGCCGCAGCCUGCCGAAGCCACUGAUCACUCAACGGAAGAGGCGGACUCCAAGGCGCUGGACGAGGCGGUCAGUGCCGAGGAGGCGCGUGUGCAUACUCUCCUCUCAACGACCCCAAACAAGCGCCACUAUGACGAAGCAACCGUUCGUUUUGUGCUCCGCUGCUUCUGGAAAGAGCGACUGGCGGCCUUUUCGCAACAAAUGAGCGUGCGUGUGGGCAUUGUCAACGCGAGGCGAGAAGAUGAACGGGAGCUGCAGAGCACCCAGCGAACUCGAAGUGCCGCUCGGAAUUUCUCGCCGAGCGGUGCACGUCGGCCAGUCGUGGGUGAUGAAAGUAACUACGCUAAUGAGAGCGACGAUGAGGAAGAGAACGUUGUGGUGAUUCAGUCAUUCCUGGCGGCCCUCGUCGACUUCUCGGCGCGCUUCACCGCGCCGCAGCCGUGCUCGGUGAUGGGGGCGCCAACCAAAUCGAGGGUGUCGCCUAGCAAGGCAACGCUUUUGAGUGUGCGUGGCGUGUUGACUAGCGGGGCGUCCGCUGGGAAACUCGGCGGCAGGUGCGCGACGAACGCCUCCUCUCCCGAGUUCAAUACAGCAUCAGACUCAGUGUGGGACUGUGGUCGCAUCUUCUUCGCCGUAGUGCUUCAGCCGCAGCGAGCCACAACGACUGAGGAGGGCGCUGCCUCGCCGAUGCGUGAUGUGCCAACCCAGGAGGAGGUGAAUAUUCUCGCCGAGGAGGCGCGCGAGUUACUUGCUGCACUGUACUACUACACACUGGAGUACAAGGACUUGGACCCUGACUUCCGCCUUUUCUACCUCGUUGCGCAUCAACUGAUUCCGGAGAUGGUGGCAGUAAACUUCUUUGCAGGUAUCGAGGCCUUUCAGCUGGAUAGCGUGGCGCUGUUGGAGCGGCGUCUGCAGUGCUUUCCAUCUAGCAUACACAGUACUGCGAGUCGCACAGCUGCUGAGCAGCUGGCUAGCUCACCCAUCAUGCCCAAGGAGGUAGAGGACCCUCUGACGGCGCUCACCCGUGCUGUUGACGUGAUGGAUGAAGCUCUGCUGGACGGCGAGGAAGAGGACAUCGAGCCGGACAGCGAUGGGGAUGGCCACGGCAGCAUUCUGCCGUUUCAUCCCAAGGCAGAGAUACACCUGCACCCCACCACGACUUACACCGUGCCAGAGAAGGAGCCGCAGGAGGAGAAAGGGGGGGACACCUCUACGGACGACGCGCAGGCACCCGCACCCCCAGCGUCGCAGCGGGCCCGCGAGUUGCAGCUUCUGCACAACAUUCGUGCCUACCUGCGCGAGCGGGAGACGCUCAUAGCCUCGAAAGCUGCCGAGGAUCGUGGCAUUCCGUGUGUGGAAGGUGGUGGUGGCAGCGCAGAGUUGAAUGGGGUAGCAGAGAAUCCCACAGGAGCUUCUCUCGCCACCGUCUCCUUUGACGAAGUGUCGUCGGAGUGGACUGCGUUGGAAGAGCAGAUCAUGACCAGUCUCGGGCCACACACGGCACUGCUGGAUACAUUUCGUCGCCACUAUCGGAAGCAGAGAACCGAAGACGCUGUGCAAGCAAAGGGGGAGGCAGUGAGGCUCAAAAAAGAGCUUGACCACGUACGCAAGCGCCGAGCUGACCGCAAGCGUCGGUACGAGACAACCAAGCAUCUGAGCGCAACGCGAGGCCUUCUUUCCGUAGAUGACAUCCUCGCGCUGGUACAGCGCCAUUGUCUUGCGACGUAUGCUGUGUCGUGCUGUGGCACGCCUCGUUUCUCUCUUUUGCACUCCGUGUUCGGUCGUAGCAACGACACGAGCCUCGACCCAUACGCAAUUGUGGGCCAUUUGCCGCUCACCGGCCUGCAACUGCAGCGUCUGCGCUUCGCCUUGUCGCUGGACCAGCCCUCCCAUCUCAUUCGCCCUUCUGCCCUCUUCACUGUCGACCCAGUAACCAAGUCGAACAGCCAGUUCUACGAUGCCUACCUUACCGUUGUACUCGACGUGUUUGAGCAGCAGCAAUCCUUUCUUAUGCACAGUGUGCUGCACAGCUGUACUACUCGCCACGAGUGCUACGCUGCCGAAGGCGCUGAGGACUGUGACGGAUUCAUUCCGAUAGCGUGGCUCAAAAAAGGCCUGACAGCCGCCUUUUCGACUAUCCGAGGCACCUCGAAGCACGUGCAAGCUGUGCUGAGCCACUUUAUGCAGUACGACGAGCUGCUUCGUCUUGAGGAUGAGGUGAAGUUUGAGCAAUUCACCGACGCACCACUGCUGUUGAACGUGCCGCCGAGCGAUGAAAGAGGUUUCUCCAAGGCUGACAGAGACGUCAGCGUGAGGCGAUGCACUGUGGCGGACAGCCUCGCCGACGCAGUGGACCAAGGAAGCUGGAACUUGCACGAGGAGGCGGACAGCUGCUCGCUGCUGCACAUCGCCUUUGCUGUCCGCAUGAGCUACAUUGUUUGGGGAGAGGUAAGUGCCGGCACCUCCGAGGCGCUUGUCAACCGUAUCGUCAAGCGCGAAGUGCCUGUGUGCUGCUGCGACCCCACCCCAGGCGAUGCAGAUCCGGCGGCGCUAGUAAACAAGGACUCCACAGUGGUGGUGGAGCUUUCCGAGUGGGACAUUUUUGAUCAGAUGACACGGCAACAGUACACACAAGCACUGUCGCGUCUACAAAGGGGCCACAACAGCGACGCUAACCCGCUGCGUCGCAUGCUCUCGGUACUGCAAAGGGGGCUUCUGCGACCGCCAUUGAUCCGCAGACCCCAGGGAACGGGUGAUGCAAGCAUCUCUUCCUUGCCUGGAACUGUCGACGUGAAUGCUCUGUACCCCGACGUCGCAAGCAUGUGGGCAACAAAGAAGGCACUUACCGAAGGCCAGAAGCGCAUGGAGGUGGCUGCAGCUACCCUUGCUACGAGGGGCGUCAGCACAUCUGGCAAGGGCAAAAAGAAGACCCGCGCGUUGCAACUGCUCAAGUCUCUCUCCGAGGACCAGGCCAAUGCGACUGGCGACGGCAGUCUCGACGAGGAGCUGCAGGUGCCGGAUCAUGGACUCUUGAGCCUUGUACGUGCCCUCGGCUUUGCACUCCCAUCAUCGACGGGUGUGUCUGGAGUUCCCGGUGCCGUGAUAAACAGCAAGAAGGGUGGCGGGAAGAAGGGGGCGAAGAAGAGCGGCGCCGGGCCGGAGACUGCCGUUUCAGCACUUCUUCAACAAGAGUAUAAUGUGAGCUUGUCCGUUCAGCUGCAGGACCUCGCUGCGCGGGUGGCUGCGUUGGCAUCCUCCGAUUCAAAGAGCCUCUUCAAGAACAUGUCCGACGCAGCAGACAUCAGCGUCAACAUAGACGGAUGCACUCAAUCACCUGACAGCCUCUCUGCGUCGAAUCAGUGCACUGCAGCGCCGACUCCGGGCAGUGCACUGCCGCGUCUGCACUCUGCUGACGCUUCUGGGAGCUCGCUGCAGCGCAAUGCACAGAGCAAGCUUCACAAGGACGCCACGGAGGAGACACUCGCGGAUACGGCAGUAGACUCCCUCACGGAACCCGAUGCGAUGGCGCCGAGGUGGGUGCCGGUUUUCCCGCAUUCGUCAUCGAUGUUCGACAGCGUCAGUGCGCCUGUACCGAUUGGAACGCCGAUGGAUGUGUCCAGACUUUACGCUGUUUGUGCUGCACUGAGUAUGGUCUAG